AUGAAGGUCAAAGAGGGCCUCUACAAUAUCCUCUUUGGCCCCGACCGCUCUUCCUCCUCUUCCCCCACCACUCUGACCUCCUCUACGUCAAAGUUUACCUCCGCUGCAGCGUCUUUAAAAGUCCCACCUGGCGCACUCGCCAAUCUCACUUCGCACUCCAUCCAUGCCCUUCAAAACCUUUCCUCCUUCAUACCCCGCCCUGGCUCGGAACCCUGUCCGGCCUCCGUCCCUGCCUACCGUCGCGCAGCAGUCCUUCUUGGUCUCUUUGCUGGUCGUAAUGGCGAACUCUACGUAGUCCUCUCCAAACGUUCUUCUCGACUCCGAUCACACGGUGGAGAUACAGCCAUACCAGGCGGUCGAUUCGAACCAACCGAUUCCGACCUCGAAUAUACAGCUCGAAGAGAAGCAUACGAAGAAACCGGUCUCCCAAUCGACUCCACCAAAGCUGUAAAACUUUGCCAACUUCCCCCCUUCCUAUCUGCAAAUGAAUUGGUUGUUACACCUUAUGUGGUCUUGUUGACUGAUCACACAAUCCAACCGCACCUAAACCCACGCGAGGUAGACUCCAUCUUCUCCCUUCCGCUCGUAUCCUUCCUCUACCACAACCCACCACGUCCACUGCGGAAAUCACUGCACCUCCCACCGAAUCCAGAUGCAGAAGCAUUGCGUCAUAUGCCAGCGAACGAAGUCAGCCCGAUCUCCGACUGGCAUACCUGCCGCGAUAUCGUCUGGUUAGCAGGAAAUCGAAUUAGAAGACAUACUUUUUGGGAUGAACGAAACCCAAUCCGCGGCCUAACGAGUGAUAUCUUGAUAAUGGCUGCGGCCAUAGCCUAUGGUGAAAAGCCACAGUUUUCAUUGCACAGUCCGGGACAACCGAGUCAAGCGGAUUUGAUCAAGUUGGCUUUUGAUAGUCCUAUUGCGCUGAAAAAGUUUAGGGUGAAGCCGAGGAUGCAAUUCUUAAAGACGCCAGAUGCGUUUAGCUUUACGAAAAGUUAUGAAAGCACGAAUGAUGAGUUGGAACAGCCGCAGGAUGAGAAGGCCGAUUUCCCAUUGGCGCCGCCCAUAGAACAAGGCAAGGGAGGUGGGGGGAAGGGGGCAAUUAGGAAGCCCAAGCUGUAG